GCUCCGAGGGCGUGCGCUUUGCUUUUCCAGGGAGGCGUUAACCUCGCCCGUGGGCGCUCCACCGGCAGCAGUGUCCGGAAGGAGAUUGGGUUGAUAUUAUUUUUUUGUUGUUGUUCGGUCGGUGGAAGAUGUUGGCAUUUAUGUUUGCCUCUAAACGAAUGUUUUGCUGGCAACUUAAAUGACUUUAUUUCUCUUAGAAACGGUAUAUAUUUUCUCCCUCAGGUGCUCAUAUCCUUAAUUUUCAUGACACAUCUUGACGACAAUAUAUGCCAAAGAUAUAUAAGGAUGAUAACUAAUAUAGUUAUAUUGAGCCUGAUCAUUUGCAUUUCUUUAGCUUUCUGGAUUAUGUCAAUGACUGCAAGCACCUAUUAUGGUAAUUUACGGCCUGUUUCUCCUUGGCGUUGGCUGUUUUCUGUUAUUGUUCCUGUUUUGAUUGUCUCUAAUGGCUUUAAAAAGAAAAGCCUAGAUCACAGUGGGGCUUUAGGAGGGCUGGUGGUUGGAUUUAUCCUAACCAUUGCAAAUUUCAGCUUUUUUACCUCUUUGCUGAUGUUUUUCCUUUCUUCUUCGAAACUCACUAAAUGGAAAGGAGAAAUAAAAAAGCGUCUGGAUUCAGAAUAUAAGGAAGGUGGGCAAAGGAAUUGGGUUCAGGUGUUCUGUAACGGAGCUGUGCCCACAGAGCUGGCACUGCUGUACAUGAUAGAAAAUGGCCCUGGAGAAAUCCCAAUCGAUUUUUCCAAGCAGUACACUGCUUCCUGGAUGUGUUUGUCUCUCUUGGCUGCACUGGCCUGCUCUGCUGGAGACACAUGGGCUUCCGAAGUUGGCACAGUUCUGAGUAAAAGCCCACCAAGGCUGAUAACAACCUGGGAUAAAGUUCCAGUUGGUGAGUUUGACUUGAAUUUCUUAAAAAAAAAAAAAAAAUCCACCCCUCUUAAUUUAGUGUAUUUCUUAUUUAAGAGCCUUUUAAGAAUUUUAUUUAUAUUUAGUCUAAAUUGGAAAAGUAUAAAAUAUCCACUAAUGUCAUUUUACAAGUUACUGAGAAUCUUUCAAAAGUUGUUUUCUUUGGAGGAAAAAAACCUAAUUUGUUCUUUUUUAAAUCAAAUCAUUUGGGUUUUCUACAUCACUUGCUUUUUUUCCACUCCAGGUUUGGAUGAAAGCACUGGCAUGGUGGUCAACAGGCCAACGAAUGAGGCAAAGCACAUAGCAGGGAAACCCAUUCUUGAUAAUAAUGCUGUGAAUCUGUUUUCUUCUGUCGUUAUUGCCCUUUUGUUACCAACAGCGGCUUGGGGUUUUUGGCCCAGGGAGUGAAAUUUAUUUCAUAUCCACAGGUUGAAACUGAUGAGUUCAGCUAAAUUUGCAAUUCCAUCUUUCAUCCUAAGACUAAUAAUCGUAAUGGCAAAGCAGAAAUGCCUCCCAUAUUCCAUUAUUAUGGAAUUCCACAUUUUUCUCUCAUCUGCCUUGUAACAGCUAACAUCCUUCUAGUGAAAGAGUUCAUAAUGGAACUUAAGAAUGUUUUUCUUCUGCUGAAUGGAGGUUCUUGAACGAUGAUGCUACAUUGUCCCUACAUAUUGCUAUAUAUUGAAGUGAAAAUGUCUACAUAGUAGUCUAUGUCAAGUUUUAUUUUGCUUUGUUUUGUUUGUUUAAAACAAUGUAGGGACUAAAAAUGAUGAUAUUUUAAAACGGUUUUCAGUGGAGGCAGAGAAUGCCACUGUGCCAGUUACCCAAAUGUUAUAUCUGUUUCAAAUGGUUUAAGCUGAUGUGUGUGGAAGUCU